AUGCGUACAACUACUGUCUCUCCAAGAACUACAGUAUCGGAAUCGAGUCACUACGGAAACGAUGUCACAGAUAGAGUCGAUGCGAGCAACAUCGUCCCCAACCGACAGCCGACGACAACACCGUCGCAUACUGAGCCGGAAAUGGAUGUACAUCAGCCGAUUCCGCCAUCGCCUUCCCAUAGGAAUACCUCUGAUGAGACAGCCACAUAUGCAACUCCCCCUAACGGCAGAGAGUUCGGUAUAGAGAUCAGCAAGGGGGUCGAAGAGAAACAAGAAGCGAAACAAAUGGGCUAUCGUACGAAGACCUUAUCAUCUGUAUAUGAUCUGCCGUUCGGUGAAGCAAUGGAUACGCUACCUUUACCAUCACCAGCGAGUGUCUUCUAUGCGUUCAACAGAAGGCCACGCAGUAGCCGCGAAAAUGCCGACAAUAUCACCCUGGACGUCGAGUCUAAACGGGUUAUUUUUUACACAUCAAAGUAG